AUGGAGGACAUCAACUCCAACGUGAACGCCGACGCCGAAGUGCGGAAGCUGCAGGAGCUGGUGAAGAAGCUGGAGAAGCAGAACGAGCAGCUCCGCAUCCGCAGCGCGGCCGGGGCGCCCGGCGGCAGCCCCAAGCGGCUGCUCAGCGGCGGAGGAGGAGGAGGAGGGUCGGGCGCCUGCACGCCUCCGCCGCCGCCGCUCCUUACGCCGCCCGCCGGCCACCUCUCGCCGUCCUCCUCCUCCUCUUCCUCCUGCUCCUCGCCCUCGGCCCUGGGGCUGGAGAGCCGCGGCCUGAGCUCCAAGGCCGGGCCGCGGCGGCCUCCCUUGGGCGACGAGCGGGGCGCGGAGGCGGCUCGGGGGAGCGUCGACAAGAGCGGCCUGCUGGACGAGGUGGAGCCGCUGAGGCCCGACGAGCUGGAGCGGCUGGCCGGCUGCGAAGAGGACGAGACGGGCUGGUUGUAUAUGUCACCAAAGAAAAAAGUGACCCCAGUGCAAAAAUCAAUGAGUCCACUUGUUUGGUGCAGGCAAAUACUGGAUUAUCCAACUCCAGACAUUGAAUGUGCGAAAAAGUCAUUGAUCCAUAGGCUUGAACAAACCAUGUCAGCUCUCAAGAGACACAGCCUAUAUAGUAAUCCAUUCAACACUGUCAAUUACACAAACUCCUAUAGCCAAAGUGCUGGCAGUCCCUACAGCACUGGCUUCAGUUCUCCUUCCCCUACACCAGUGAAAGGUCCUUUAGUAAAACAGCUUAUAUAUCCUAACAACUCAGGUCAUUUCAAAAGUUCAGAUCGAAAUCCUCCACUCAGCCCACAAUCCUCUAUAGACAGUGAAUUGAGUGCUUCAGAAAUGGAUGAAGACUCAAUAGGAUCGAAUUACAAACUAAACGACUUAACUGAUGUGCAAAUUUUAGCUCGGAUGCAAGAAGAAAGUCUUCGGCAAGAAUAUGCAGCAACUACUUCUCGGCGUAGUUCUGGUUCUUCGUGUAGCUCUGUGCGGCGUGGAACGUUUAGCGACCAGGAACUUGACGCCCAGAGCUUAGAAGACGAAGAAGACAGCUGCCACCAUGCAGCUCACCCACCUAUGAAUAGGUUCUCUCCAUCACCCCGCAAUUCACCCCGACCUUCACCAAAACAGUCCCCAAGGAAUUCUCCCCGGUCGCGAUCCCCUGCUAGAGGAAUUGAGUACAGCAGAGUGUCACCUCAGCCCAUGCUUAGCCGCCUGCAGCAGCCUCGCCUUUCACUUCAAGGACAUCCGCCUGAUUUACAAACCACCUCUGUAAAAAAUGAAGAAAAACUAAGGCGUAGUCUUCCAAACCUGUCCAGGACAUCUAACAUCCAUGUUGAGUCUGUGAAAAACAGUAGAAGUGAUUCAAACUUCCAAGUGCGAAACGGAGGAAUGCCUCGUAUUCAACCUCAGUCCUCAGCCACUCUGCAAAAGCAGAAAAAUUUGCACCGUGUUGCCUUCAAAACCAAACAGCUACUUCCUACUCCAGCCGCCAAAGGAGUUCCGUCUCCCAGUAAAUUCCGGUCUCCAGCAACGCCCUCACCUCUGGCUCUGAGACAGCCAGUGAAAGCGUUUAAUACCCAUGGACCUAAUUCCGUUCCCGAAGCCACGCCGCUUCCGCACGGCAGCUCUUCGCCGGGGCCUUUAGCAGCUCCCAGUUCUGCCAGUCCAGCCAGCAGCAUCAACAGCGCGACCCUUACCAGACCUGCGGGAACCACAGGGUUGAGGAGUGGCUUGCCAAGACCGAGCACCCCCGGCACGGGGGGCAUCCCAGUGCCUCGUAGCAAACUCACGCAGCCCAUGCGCAGAUCCCUGCCAGCUCCCAAAUCCUAUAGCAGCGUAAAAGACGAGAGCUGGAAGGAUGGCUGCUACUGAACGGCAUAGCUUUGUAACUCAACGAUAUCCUUCUUCACCAGGCUUAAACCACAGAUCAACAUGCAGACUGAUGGAAAAUACUUUGGGGGGGGGG